CUUGUUUCUUAAUCUUAUAUGCUUAUCAUAUUAGUUUCCUAAUAGUUUAUUCCUUUACAAUGGGCAUUCCUGAUCUAUAUAUUCAACCCUCUACCACCAUUCAAAACCUCCUCUUCCUUAUCUUUCUUCCUACCAUAAAAAUUUGGUCUCUCUAUCUCUAUCUCUCUCUGUUCCACUGGUUCUGAAAACCUGUGUGUUCUUAAAGCUUUGAUUGUUGUGUUUUCUCACAUACCAAUAAAGCUCUCUUAGUUUGGUCCUAGCUUCUCUAAUGCUUAAUAUAUACAUAUCCAGCUCUUCAUGUUUGAGCUAGAUUGAUGUCUCCUGUACUCAGUGAAGUUCUCCUCUCUGGGUUUAUGAUAAACUCCGCACUCAGACGCAGGACCCAUUUAGUUCAAUCCUUCUCCGUUGUCUUCCUCUACUGGUUCUACGUUUUUUCAUGAACAACUGACCUCAAAACCAAAACCUUAAUAUAUAAACUAGCUUUGCAUCACAUUUUCUAGACUACUACCCUAGCCUAUUUCUUAUUUAAGUUGUUUUUACCUUUUUAAACAUAAUAAGCAUCUGCAUGGCUACUUCUAGUGGGAACUCAUCUGGCUCCAGCGCGCUUCAGAUUAUGAACUCCGGCUCCGAUCAAGAGGGUCUUCAUCAGGUCAUGGACCAGAGGAAGCGGAAGAGAAUGGUGUCUAAUAGGGAAUCGGCGCGCCGGUCUCGGAUGCGAAAGCAGGAGCACCUGACUGAUCUGACGGCCCAAGUUGGUCUGUUAAUGAAAGAGAACAACCAAAUCCUUACAAGCAUCAAUGUCACAAACCAGCUCUACCUGAACCUUGAGGCUGAGAACUGUGUGCUCAGAGCCCAGAUGGCUGAGCUCAGCAACAGGUUGCAGAGUCUGAAUGAUAUUCUGGACUAUAUUGACUCGAGUAAAUGGCUUUUGGAGAAUGAAGAAGAAGACUUGAGUGCUCAGUUUGGUGGUGAUGGGUUUCUUAAUCCAUGGAGUAAUCUCUGCUUCAAUCAACCAGUUGACAUGUUCAUGUGCUAAACUUAAUUGGGUUCAUUUGUUUGGUUGAUAAUGUUUUUUUCUUUUCUUUUUUUUUGAGUUAAAUUAUUGAAAGGUGUAACUCAGAACACUAUGGCAUGUGUAAAUUUGUUGCUAUUAUAUGAGCCAAGGGUUUUGGAUUUGUAAUCAAUCUUUUAUGGGCUUGUUGCAAUCAAUGGGGAAUAAAGAAGUGGAAACACUUUUCGAAAA